ACAUGUCUUGUACACGUGUCGCUGUAUACAACAAAAUUAUACACAAACUGCGCGCAUUUGAGUCAAGUCUUCGCCUGGUUAGAGGUUACUUUUUGACACGUACACGUGGAAACAUGGCACGAAGACGUAUGCAAGGGGCUGACGAGAAGACGACACCUCUCCAAAAUGAAAAUUCUAAUCUCAACCUCCAGGGAACGGACGAAGACUUAGCUGGAGCAAUGUCAGUACGUCAACAGGUUCAGGAUAGCACCACAAAAGAAGGCGCGGCUACCCACCUGAAUCUGAAAUAUGUCAGCCUGUUCCUGCUGGUUCUUCAGAAUGCCUCCCUCAUCCUCACCAUGCGCUACACGCGCAACCAGCCCGGCGCCAUGUACUUCUCCACCACGGCGGUCUGCGUGACGGAGUUUGUCAAGAUGACCACAUGCGUCUUCAUUUUACUCUACCAACACAAGGGCAACUUUGUGGAGCUGGGCAAGCUCCUGUGGAACACCAUUGUGCUCCAGCCUGUCGACACUCUCAAGGUGGCCGUCCCUGCUUUCAUCUACACGGUGCAGAACAACCUGAUGUUCAUAGGGGUCUCCAACCUUAGUACGGCAACGUUUCAGGUGACCUAUCAGCUUAAGAUCCUGACCACAGCUCUGUGCAUGGUAGUCAUGCUGCGCAGGAGCCUGUCAGCAUCCCAGUGGGUGGCUCUGAUUCUCCUCUUUGCGGGCGUGGCCAUUAUCCAGAUCCAACCCUCGGACCCUGCCAAGAGAGCUGCCGAGGUAUCCCACACCGAGCAGAACUACAUCCACGGCCUGCUGGCCGUCAUCGUCGCCUGCUGCUUCUCGGGCUUUGCCGGGGUCUACUUUGAGAAGAUCCUGAAGGGCUCCAAGACCUCCAUCUGGGUGCGCAACAUCCAGCUGGGUCUCUUUGGCACCUUGAUCGGCUUGGUUGGGAUGAUAAUGAAGGACGGACAGGGCAUCUCAGAGAAGGGCAUGUUCUAUGCUUACACCCCCUUCGUGUGGGCAGUCAUCGGUUUACAGGCCUUCGGCGGUCUGACCAUAGCCGUGGUGGUCAAGUAUGCGGACAACAUCCUCAAGGGCUUUGCCACCUCGGUCAGUAUCAUAAUCUCCACGGUGGCCGCAGUCUACUUGUUCCAUUUCCAGGUUAACCUUCAGUUCUGUCUCGGUGCGGGACUGGUCAUUUCAGCCAUCUUUCUGUACGGUCGGCCCAAGCCCCCAGAGAAGGCCCCGAGUCCAGAGCAGCCGGCGAAUGGGGGGUCGGGUAAAUGAGAAGUAGCUAAUUGUAGUAAUGAAAUCAGAUAAUGCAGAGGG